CCAUAUAGAUGAAUUUUCCACCUCAAAUCCAUUGAUUUCCUGAUGGGCUGCGCCAGCUCGAAGCUCGAAGACUCGCCGGCGGUGGCCCUGUGCCGCGAGCGCUGCUCUUUUCUCGACGAGGCCAUACGACAGCGUUUCGCCUUCGCCGAGGCCCACGUCGCCUAUCUCCAAUCCCUCAAGUCCGUCGGGCUCUCCCUCGAUCGCUUUUUCACCCAAUAUCUCGACGGCUCCACAAGCGGUUCGUCCUCCCCGGUUCUCAAUCUGCCGUCCCAGCGAAAGGGGGACCCGCAUCCGCCCGGUUCGCCGCCGGAGAAAAUCCAGCACCACCUCCACUCCAACUCCGAUUCCGACUCCGUCUCCGGUUCGCAUCUCCACUUCCAUUCGGAGGACGAGGAUGGAUCCGAUUCGGAGUCCCUGCAUCUUCACGGCGAGGUCGGCUCGCCGGUACACCCCCACCACCAGCCACCGCCGCCGUACCUCCCAUACGGCGGCUAUUACCCCGUUUACGAGAAUUUCAACAUGAAUCUCCCCGCCCCCCGCGGCGGCGGCGGGUUUAUGAAUAUAAAUUACAUGAGGAAGCACACGACGCCGUCCGUGGUCUACACGCAGCGGCCCAAGAGCCCCGACACGAUGCAUAUGGGUGAAUCCUCUGCUCCUUCAUCUUCCUACUACUCUUAUCCUAAUAAUCAGAGCUCAAACCCUUCAAAUCCUAUGUACAAUUUCAACAAUAAUGACGGAGGUUAUCCGAAUUACCCUUCCUACGGCGGCGUCGGAGGUGGAUUCUGGGGCGGCUCUUCUUCCCCUCCUGCGCCGACGUACGGCGGCGGAUAUUCAUCUUCUCCGGCGGUGGCUUCGACUUCCAAAGCGCCCCCACCUCCACCCUCGCCCCCGAGCUCCUCCGCCUGGGAUUUUCUCAACCCGUUUGAGAGCUUUGAGAAAUUUUAUCCCCCUUAUAUCCCUAGCCGGGACUCCAGAGAGGUGAGAGAGGAAGAAGGGAUCCCCGAUUUAGAGGAUGAGGAAGAUGAGGUUGUGAAGGAAAUUCAUGGGGAGCAGAAGUUUGCAGAUAGCCACUCGAAACACCGGCUGUCUGAGGAAAAUGCUCGUGUGGCGAAGGAGGCUGAGUUACAGUAUAGAGCGAGGCCGAGCGUGGGCAAUGAUACUGAGUCUUCCAUGAAAUAUGAGGUUCGUAUGGUGGAUAAAAUGGUUGAUGCUGAGAAGUCGACGGUUCAGGGGAAUGCAGCUGGAUUUAAGCCACGUGGUGGGUUCAAGGAAGAUUCAGAUGUUGUGAGGGAGAUUCAAGUUCAGUUUGAGCGUGCUUCGGAGUUUGGGAGUGAGCUGACUAAAUUUCUGGAAGUCGAGAAGCUUCCUUAUAAGCGAAAACACGGCGGCCAUCAUGUUUCUUCCAAGAUAUUGCAUUUACAUUUGGUGUCCUCACAACCUUCGGCAUCUAAAAGUUCCGAUGGCGCUGAUCCCAACUUGUUAGACAUAAAUCAAGAAUUAGAGCUUAGGUCCAAGAGUCUUUCGUCUACUUUACAUAAACUAUACCUCUGGGAGAAAAAACUGUAUGAAGAAGUCAAGGUUGAGGAAAAGAUGAGAGUCCUCCACGAGCGCAAGUCCCGAAAAUUAAAGCGCUUGGAUGAAAAGGGUGCCGAGGCUCAGAAAGUAGAUGCAACUAGGGCUUUAGUCAAGAGCCUUUCGACCAAAAUUAGAAUUGCAAUUCAGGUAGUCGAUAAGAUCUCAGUGAAGAUAAAUACUUUGAGAGACGACGAAUUGUGGCCACAACUAAAUGAAUUCAUUCAAGGGUUGACUAAAAUGUGGAAGUCAAUGCUCGAGUGCCACCACAGGCAAUGCCAAGCCAUGAGCAAAGCCAAACGACUGGACACCAUCACACUCGGAAAGCACUUGAAGGAUUCGCAAUUGGAGGCCACCCAGCAGCUAGAGCAUGACCUCAUCAACUGGGCCACGAGAUUCUCUUAUUGGGCCGAGGCCCAAAAGGCCUAUGUCCGGGCCCUACACAGCUGGCUCAUGAAAUGCCUGCUCUACAUCCCGGAAGAAACCCCCGAUGGAAUCGUCCCCUUCUCCCCCAGCCGAAUCGGGGCACCCCCGAUAUUCAUCAUCUGCAAUCAGUGGUGGCAGUCUCUCGAACGAGUCUCGGAAAAACAAGUGCUCGAUUCCAUGCGUGACCUGGCAUCCAACGUGCUCCAGCUUUGGGACCUGGAAAUCAAGAGCCUUGAGAAAGAGGAGCAGAGGAUUCACAAGGAGAUUCAGGCACUCCACAAAAGAAGUUCGACUGUUUACCAAAGCCAGACCACCAAAGGCGGGAGCCUCCAGUCGAGCCUGCAGCACGUGCUCGAGGCUAUGGACAGCUUCUGCACGAGCUCCCUCAAAGUUUACGAGGAUUUGGUGCAACGUAUUCAAGAAGAUCAUCGAGGGCAAGAAAGGGAAUAAUAAAUAGUCCACACUUUACAAAAUCUGCAUGGCUUCUUCUUUUUGACCAGUUGGAAAUUUGAAAGUGUCUGAGGAGAAUAUUUUACUGGUGUGAAGAGCCGAUUAAAGACUUGCAGUGCACGAAUUGGUAAUAAUUGAGCGAGGGAGCUUCGAUUGAGGAAAAAGAAAUAAGCAAAAAGGUAUAUUAUUAGUAGGUUUAUGUAUAUUAGUAGGUUUACCAGUAGUUGUAUGAAACUUUCUUGUAUUAUUGUAUAGGAAUUCUUUGUAUACGUUUGUUUGUUCAGGGUGGAUUAUUGGAAAUCAACAGCAGAGUUCACCCUUUUCAUUUCAAGAGGCUUUAAUAUAUUUUGUUCUUGAAAGAGAGCAAGUGAGCCAUUCUUUUGGUAUCUUCUUUUGCUUUGAGCAUUUUAGCAAUAUAGCCUAUAUUAUGUGAAUGAGUAGGCUGCUACUGAUUGA